AUGCACAAAACUUCGUCUGCUUUGGUGCUUCUCCACCCCACGGUGGUGACAGAUGAAGCACUCGUGGAAUCCACCAAGACGAAUAUCGCCUCCAAGUUCCCUUCGGCCACGAUAACCCAGCAUAUAAUCGAUCGUUUUGCUCUGGGGGCCGUGGAAGUGGCUGCUGCUUCGUUUGACCAUAUUGUUUAUGUCAAUCCUAAUGAAAACCACUUGUCUAUCGCUCCAGUGCUUAUAAGCAAGCUCUUUGACACUUUGGUCCAGGGUGGGCAGUUGCUGGGCAACUUGCCUACGGAUCAGGAUCUUGAUGUACUCAUGGCGGGCUUUAUUGUCCAGGAGCCAGGAUUGUGGGUUAAGCCUGCUCCUGCUACUGAGACGGUGUUGCUUAAGAAGAAGGCUUCUAGCAAUACGGGAAAGGCCUUGCCUACGUUCAAGAAAUCUGCAUUCAAAAAGGCUGCCCAGUCGCCGUCGGCCAUGACGGAUACGUCGGAUAACACCGACGAUGAGGAUUCGGUCAUGAAGAGGAAACUAGACAGUACAAAGUUGGCAUACUUCAGCGAGGAGUCUGAGGACGAGGGAGACGAUCUCAUCAACGAAAACGACCUUCUUGGCGAGGAGUCACUGUACCUAGAUCGUGUCAACGUGAUUGUGCCUAAGAAGUGUGAGUUGCCUAACGGUAAAAAGAGACGGAAGGCGUGUAAGGACUGUACUUGUGGCCUUAAGGAGCUUGAGGAAGCUGAAGCUGACGACAGCAGGAAGCUCCAGGACUCUAUUUUGGGCAAGAUGGCCCAGCUGGCCACUGCAGAGGCCAUGAAGAUCGAAGAGCGUCUCAAAAAGAACAAAAUCAAGUUCACAGAGGAAGAAUUGACAGAAAUUGACUUUACCGUCGAAGGAAAGACGGGAGGAUGCGGCUCGUGUGCUCUUGGAGACGCUUUCCGCUGUGACGGUUGCCCAUACCUUGGGCUUCCGCCUUUCAAGCCGGGAGAGGCCAUUACCAUCGACAGCUUCGGCGAGGAUAUUUAG